AAAGGAAGGAUCUGUGUCGGGACCUGUGCUGCUACAUCCGGGGACUUUGUGUAUUGUUGUAGAGGAGAUAUGGAGACAGAUACACAGACACUGAGGGACAGUGCAGGAAGACCCCCUAAAAGAAGCAGCCUUGAUGAGGAUCUCCCCGCUGCCCCACAGACGAAGUGUCCUCACAUUUCCGCUCCAUCUUUCAGGACACAUCACUCACUCUACCAUGGUCCCUUCCCAUUCUUCAGGCUGCCCUCUGAAGUCGGCUCUUUCUCGCUGGAUGAGAAGCGUUGUUACCAUGGUGAUGCCAGGCGUUUGCGCUAUUUUCGACCUCCUCCGGGUACAGACUGGGAUGGUGCUUCACUUUCAUGGGACGUGAUGGAGGGAUUUGAAAAUCAUUAUGUGCGUAGGAAUGAAGAUGAGAAAGAGGGUCUUCUGCAUUUACUGACGUGGCUUAAAGAGAAUAGAGGACUUCUGGAAGCAACCACCCGUGGUGACAGCAAGAGACCGGUGGACCGAGACUUUGUCACCUGGCGCGGUCACCUCACUAAGAUCCUAUGCACCCCAUAUGAAAACCAAGAAGGCUGGAUUCUGGCAGUCACAUUGUUCAAGGGCACCCUGUACAUCAGUGAGAGAGAGACGGCGGCUGCCUGCAAGAAGAGGAAACAGAGGACCCAGGAGCAAGAAAAACUCAUGUACUCUGGCUACAAGUUUGAAAGCUACCUCUGUGCCGACUCGCCUGACGCUGCCCCUUGCCCGUCUGAAGUGGUAAACACCAAUGAGGCAUAUUGCAGUGUCUUAUUGGGGAGGCUGAACUCGCAUUCGCUCCUCCUGUCUGGAGAGGUGGACUGCUCAGAUCCAUCCAGUGCUAAUCCAUCCCCACCGUUCUGCUACGUGGAGCUGAAGUCAAGUGCCCAGAUCCGAAAUCCACACCAACAACGCAGCUUUAACAGGUACAAGCUCCUGAAGUGGUGGUGCCAGUCGUUCCUCCUGGGGAUUCCACUCAUUGUUGCAGGUUUCCGGAAUCCACAAGGAAGAAUCGUAGCGCUACAGAAGUAUCCGACGUCAGAAAUCCCUCAUUUGGUUCGGGAGGACAAGCAGGGCUGGGAUCCUGCCACAUGCAUGAAUUUCUGCGGCGCGUUCCUGUCUCACAUGAAGAAAGUGGUGAGCACGGAUGACCCGAGGGUGGUCUAUGUGUUUUCCUGGGAAGUCGGUUCAGACAUCACCUUCACGGUUGAAACCGAUCCAGACUAUAUUAUCCUUCCGGACUGGUAUGUGCAGGCCUUAGCACAGUGAUCCAGGGCUGAUGCAUCGCAGAGUAAUGAGAAUUCUGCAGCGCAUAAAGCCACCGAUCCAGGCUACCAUACUAGACGUGGACCAUCUCUGAUUUGUGAGAGCUAGUUCCUCCAGCAAUGUCUCCUGCGAUGAAGCUGAAACUUGGGAUAACGCAUACACUCGUUUUCAGGUGAACAAGAACAACCGUAUUGGAUUCCCAUGUGAAAGAGGAACCAGGGGCUGGACCCUGUUUUUAAAAGAAUGCAUAAACUGGAGCGUCAAAAACACUUUUGUAACCGUUUUAAUUUAAUAGGAUUGGGUGGUAAGAUCUGCUUAGUUUCACUUGUGUAUUUUCUUUCAUUUUACUGUUACAACUAAAAUAUGUCUAGCCUGUUGUACUAAA